UGUUGUCUAUCGAGCGGUAACGGCGGCUACGCUAUUUGGGACGAGUCCGACGAAGAGCAAAAGGCUAUUUUGUUUGUUUGUUUCCUUGUUAAAAUAACACAAGUGUAUUUACUUCCAUGAUUUAUGCUGCUUCGUUGUUUAAUUUGAUAAUUGUCAUUUUUGUUUGCAUCAGUUGGUUUCAUGUGGUGUAUUUGAGUUGGAAGCUGUCUAGCACUCUGCAGUAUGCCCCUAACCGCUGAUGUUGCCGCACAACAAGUGCAAGAACGCCUAAGAUCUCUUCAUAGACUGAUUUAUGAGAUAGAGGCAGAAAGGGGUCGCAAUGAACAGUGCAUUGAUUCCAUACUGCGAGCGGAGAAGGCAGCUGAAUCUCCGGCAUCCAAUGAUGACUCCUCCAGUUCUUCACAACAGCAAAUGCAGUUGAAAAGCCUGUACAAGUCGGGGCUGACGGCAGGCGAACAAGAAGAAAGAUUGCUGCGAGCUGCAUUGGCACGCAUUUAUGAGAUACGAGCCAUUAAAAAUGAGAGAAGGAUACAGGCACGGCACGCGGGUAACAAGGAGACGAUCGGCUGCGGCGCCCUAAUGAAGAUGUUACUGAGCGCAGCGCAGACAUUGCCAUUACACGUGGGCCGGACCGGCGAGCGCGCGCCGGCGCUGUGCGGCGCCGUGCCGGCCGACGCCGGACACGUGGCCCGCGCCGGGGACGCCGUCGCCGCGCUCGUCAGGGUCUCGGAUAAGGAGGAGAACUGGAUACUGGCUGAGGUCGUAAGCUGGUUGCCGGCUCAAGGUAAAUACGAAGUGGACGACAUAGACGAAGAGCAGAAGAACCGCCACGUACUGAGCAAGCGGCGGGUGGUGCCUCUGCCGCUGAUGAGGGCCGACCCUCGCACGGAUGAACACGCGCUGUUUCCCAAAGGCGCCGUCGUGAUGGCGCUGUAUCCGCAGACCACAUGCUUCUACCGCGCGGUGGUCAACAGGCUGCCGGCCAGCGCUGCUGACCCGUACGAAGUUUUGUUUGAGGACUCGUCGUACGCGGACGGGUACUCCCCGCCGGAGCGCGUGGCGCAGCGCUACGUGAUCGCGAUCAAGGAGGGCAAGGGCCGCGCCUCCUGACCCCACGUCCGGCCCCGCGACUGCUGCUCCACGUCGGACGACUCCGGCGUCUAAACGGAAAUCCUCUCAAACGAUCCCCUGCGGAAGGUGUUUUGGGAUAUUUUGUCUAUAGUUUCUGGAUGGUGUGUUUAAAAAAUCACCUAUGAUAUUAUUUGUGUCAUAAUAUCCAAAUUCAUAAUAAAUGACCAAUAUUGAAAUAGAACGUUUUAAAAAUUAAAACAGUUUGUUAAAAUAUAAUAUUUCAGGAACAGGAACUAUGAUGAUAAAAAGGCGAAGGGGAUUUUUUCUUUACUGUUUCAAUACUGCUCAGUAUUAUAAUAAAUUAAAUAACCCGCAUAUCGGCUG